AUGAGGGUGAAAUCUGAGAACUCAGUGCUGCCUUCUGGUGUUGAGGCAAGGCAAGUCAAAGAUUCAUGUAUUGGAUCCCAUUUUUCUUCCAGUGCUGGAAUCGCUGUUGGAUUCUAUGGAAACGGCGAGUCAAGUGAUGGAGCCAGUCGCCUGGCGUACUCCCUUCGUCAUGCCAACCGCACUGUUUCUGGAGUGGAGAAACUGGUGUCAGAUAAUACCCUAGCCUUAAACCAGACAGUGGAGGAGAACCUGGCCCAGUUAGAGACGACCUUCCAGGAUCAGACGGACUAUGUGGCCAUCAUCCAGAAGCUGCAAGGACAGCUGGACGAGCUGGUGAGGCUGAUGGUGGACGUCCCCUUCUGGUCCAACACGGACAUCUCUCUGGAAGACUUAGCCCAAAAAACCGAGGCCUUUGACUUUUACAGGUGGUUGGGUUACCUUGGUCUGCUGCUGUUCGAUGUUCUCAUUUGUCUGCUGGUGCUCUUUGGGCUCAUUCGCAACUCUCGGGGUACUCUGAUUGGAGUGUGCUUCCUUGGGGUUUUGACUCUGAUAAUCAGCUGGGGUUCUCUGGGUCUUGAGCUGGGUGUCGCUGCUUCGGCCAGUGACUUCUGCGUCUCUCCAGAUUCCUACAUAACCAGUGUAACCAAAGACAAUGCAGUCAUCAAUCAAGAUAUCCUGCAGUACUACCUGAGGUGCAGCUCUGGAAAAGUGAACCCGUUCCAGCAGAGGCUGUCAGGGAGUCACAAAGCUUUGGUGGAGAUGCAGGACGAUGUGGCAGAACUACUGAGAUCAGCAACACGUGAUUAUGCCACUGCCAAGGAGAGUCUGGAGCAAAUCCAGUCGGUUCUCAACUCCACUGAGGUUGGUCUCCACCAGCUGACCGCCCUGGUUGACUGCCGCAGCCUACACAUGGACUACGUCCAGGCUUUGACUGGGCUGUGCUAUGAUGGGGUAGAAGGUCUUAUCUACCUGGUUCUGUUCUCCUUUGUCACCGCUCUGAUGUUCUCUUCUAUUGUGUGCAGUGUGCCACAUACCUGGCCAAGGAAGAGGAUGGAUGACGAGGACGGAGAAGACGAGUCGGGUGCCUCUCGCGGCGUGCACGAUAACCUGUACCGUGUUCACAUGCCCAGUCUCUACAGCUGUGGCUCCAGCUAUGGCAGCGAAGCUAGCCUGCCUGCCACAGCCCACACUGUCAGCAAUGCCCCCGUCACUGAAUACAUGAGCCAGAACGCAAACUUUCAGAACCCCCGGUGUGAGAACACCCCCCUGAUUGGCAGGGAGUCCCCUCCACCCUCUUACACCUCCAGUAUGAGAGCGAAAUACCUAGCCACCAACCGACCGGAGCAGAACCGCCGCUCUGUUCCCAACGACCAACUGGAUCCCUCCAGUCGGCCUAACCCCGCUGCCCGGCCUCAGUCCUCAGUCCACUAGAGACCAGUUCAACACAGCACUGCCUCAGCCAUGUUCUCACAGCCAACAGCUCUCAGGACGGAGCUCAGCAGGAUCCCACCGAAUCUGUUUUUAAGAUGAAGCCAGAAGCCACACAUCGGGUCUGAGCGGCUCCCCGUUUGUCCUCCAGGUGGAUCCGGCUUUGAGCGGCUCGUCCAGCUCAGCCUCUCUCUGCCGUUCCUCCUCCUGUUCCUCUGAUAUCUCCUCCUGGGAUGUAUCUGAUCAAUCCCCCCAGCUCCGAGACGCUUUUACAUUGAAACAAAUCACAGCCAGACACACACACACACACAAAUACACACAUUGUAUAGAGCUGUAAAUAGUGCAACAUGCGCUUUAUUCUGAUUUCAUGAGGAGUAGACUGUUUAAUGCUUCCUGGUUAUGUGGUAACUCUUCACUGUACCAUUUACACAAACACAUGCACACACACACACCAACUAAAUGCUCAUGUGUGUAAAUAAGUCAGUGACUCAGAACGCCGUGACAGUAGGUAGGAACUGAGCUGCGCCGCCACGUUCACAUUCCCUUUUCGACUCGUCUUUUAAGGCUCGGAUCGUUGUGUCCACCGUCAUCGUGUUUACGUGCAUGUACAGCACACACACACACACACACACCGAUUAAUGCAUUCUGAAUUGAGCCAGGAGUUCUGUUGUACAACACACACGUUUAUCUGGGAAGUGGAAGCUGUGGAGCACGGAUUAAAAAAAAAAAAAAAAAAAGCUCAACUUGUGCCAAAUAAACUGACUAG